UUUGGUGGAGAGUUCCUCUGUCGUCUUUUUCUCUCUCCUUUCUCUUCUUUCAUAGAAACUACCUCACUUUCUGAAUCUGAAAAAGCUAUAAAAACACAUAUACAUACAUAAAUCUAAAUCAACACACGGUUUCUCAUAUCAUUUUACAAGGGUUUUUUUCUGCAUACAGAUUUGGGCAUCAUUCCUUUUUCAGGUUGAAUUUGGAGUUUAUUUCAGGGAUCGAGAAAAAUGGAUUCAGAUUCAUGGACUCGUCUCUCUACAUCUAAUUCUUCUUCAAGGCGCUACCAAUCUCGAUCAGAAGCAUUUCAUCUGGUGGAAGAAUUUGAGAGUGAUGAGGAGGCGAGGCCUGAGUUUCUGUGCCCAUUCUGUGCAGAGGAUUUCGACAUCGUUGGUCUUUGUUGUCAUAUUGAUGAAGAGCAUACGGUUGAAGCAAAGAAUGGGAUAUGCCCGGUGUGCGUUAAAAGGGUUGGGAUGGAUUUAAUCAGCCAUAUUACGAUGCAACAUGCGAGUCUCCUAAAGGUUCAACAACGCAAGAGGAGAUUCCAUAGAGGUGGUGGAGCCAUUUCGAUUCUAAAGAAAGAGUUGCGAGAACAAUCUCUUGUUGGAGGGUCUUCCUCCUUGGUUCAACCAUCCAACAAUGUGGAGCCUGAACCAUGGUUAUCUUCUUUCAUUUCCAAUACACCCUCCAUAGCACUUGACCAACCACCGACCACUCAACCUCCUGCUGUUGCUAACUCGAAGUCAUUCGUAGACAGCACCGAUAAGGAUUUGUCCCAAAGGAGCAACCAAAAGCAAAAGCUUUCAGACAAGGAUCAAGAAGAGAAGGUUCGACGAAGUGAGUUUGUUCAAGGCCUACUGUUUUCUACUUUCUUCGAUGAUGCUUUAUAAACCAAUUUAUUUUAGGGAGAACCGAACAGAGGAAUCGUUAAGACCUCGUAUUGUAUUAUAUAUAUAAAUAUGCUCUUUAAUCAUUAUCUGCAAACUUGUUCAUGUUGCUUCCUUCA